AUGAAUAUAGGUAGUUGUUCGUAUAUUGAAUUAUUAAUAAAUAUUAAUAAUUAAAUAAACAAUUAAUAUAAAAUGCUAAGUUUUACGAGAAGUAAGAAUUAAAAAUGAUAAACUUUUAGUGAUAAGGAAAAUGGAUAUUUUUGGGUAGCCAAUAAAUCUUAAUCUUGAUUUGAGAUCUAAAUACCAAACUUUCUUGGGAGGAUUGGUUUCUUUGUUCAUAGUCUUUUUAUUGAUUGGCUACAGUGUGAAUGAGAUAAUAGGUUACACAAUAUCAAGAGGAAUCUAAAUAACGUAGGAAGUAGUAUUGUGAAAUAGUGAAUAAUAGACAAAAUUUAAUUAUGAUCCUGAUGUACUUGUUCUUAACAAUGAAAAUUUCAUCUUUGCAAUAAGAGUGGAAUAGGAAAGUUUCUAUGAGUUGCCAUAAUUUGAUAUCCAAGUGAAAUAAUACCAAAAUAAUAAUGAAGUUUAAUUAGAGUUGCAACAAUGUACUUUCAAAUAAUUCAGCAAUGUAUUGAACUCCAUUCAAGUGGAGAGUUUCUUGGAAGCAAAUUAAGUAGAUACUUGGUUAUGUCCAAAGUCGGAAUUUUCCAUAUAGUUAUAAGGAACAUAAUUUUGUAAGUUUUAAAAUAGAUUAUAAAAAAGCUCCUUCAUUCUCGAAUAUGGUGAUUGAGAUUAGUGAAUGUAAAGAAAAGAGUUCAUGGGGUAGAGAAUGUCAAUCAAGAAUAUAGAAAGACAGUUAUAAAUUAUAAAUGAUUACCAAAAAUACAGUAUUUUUGUAAAGUGUAUAACUUUUUAGUUUAUCAAUCCAUUUAACAAUGAAUUCGUAGCAGAAGAUUACUUAGACAAUUCCAUGAGUUUGUACUUCCAACCGGGAGAUCUGUAGAGAAUUGAUUACCAAUUUCAUAAGCAUGUAACCAAAGAUUAUCAGGGGCAAAUUAAAAUAGAGUAGAGAUCCCAAUAAUCUUAGAGGAUUACUAGAUGAAUAAUAAUUGAGCAUCUUUUCCACCAAUUCAUUCAAAUAGAUUUAUGAAGGCAAGAAUACUGCUAUCUGGUCUCGUAUAGUAUUUAUGCGUAGUAAUUUCUCCACUAAUUAUAAUCGUGAAUAUUAGACAGUGACUGAUCUAUUAUCUAAAAUUGGAGGUUUGUCACAGUCUGUGAUUUCGAUUGUAGGAGUAAUAAUAACUUAUUAUAAUAGAGCAUAAUGUAAAUAAUCACUACUAUUUAGUUUAUUUGGAUAUUUCCAAUCGUCUUUAUGAUUAUGAUUUUAAUGUUGAUCAUGAAUAAGGAACUAAAGGUUCAGGAUUAGUUGAUGCUCUUCAUUUAAGUAUUUAAAUUCACCAAGAUUCUGCUUAACCUCUUAAGAAAAAGAGGAAAAUAUAAGAUAAUCCUGACCCUAUUAAAUAACCUGAAUAGGAUUCUAUGGAAGAAGAUCCUUAAUUCAAAGAAAAGGUUUUAAAAGUAGUAGAGGAAUAAAAACAAAUCAUGGAUAAAUAUUAAUUUAAAAGUAGGAAACAUUUCUUACUUGCAACUUUCUAAUAAACUAUAUUGAUGAAGAAAUCUAUUUAACUUAAUCUUAAAUAUUUCUUUUAUAAAAUCCUCUGUCGUAAAUCAGAUCCAAAAUAAGAUCCUUAAUUGUUUGUUUUAUAGAAGGCCUUGACUUCUGUUAGAUAAGAAUUAGAUGUUUUUUCAAUCUUAAAUCGAGUUCAUCAAUUGGAAAAACUUAAAAAGAUUCUCUUAGAUAGAGAUCAAUUAAUUCUUUUUAAUUAUUCUCCAAAACCAGUGAUUGCCGUUAAUGAAAAAGACAAAGAAACUGAAUUUCUACACUAUUCUAAAUAACAAUCUCUUAAACAAAUGUCUUUGAUUGAAGUGGCAGAGGAUAUUAAAAAAUAAUUAAAAACAACUUUCUUAACAAAAGAACAUCUUAGUAUUGAAAAUGUGUUUAAUUCUUAUAAAGCAAUAGCUGCUAAAAAUAGAAAAUCUAACCGUUAUUAUUAUAAGAUAAAUAGAAAAUUGAAACAAUUCUUGGGAGAUUAGGUAAAGGCUAUCUUCAAAGCCUCUAAAUUAUUAAAGUUUCCUGAGGAUGAUUAGAUUCCUGAGAUGGGUAUAAUAGAUAUAAUGUCAGUUGGAGGUGAUACGGCAGCUUAAUUGCCAUUGAGUAUGCGUCCAUCUGUGAAUAUAAAUUAACAAUACUAAUGA